AUGGCGGUGUACCGCGGGCAGUACUGGGCGCUGCUGGAGGAGCUGCGCGCCAAGUACCGCCGAUUCUGCAUGCGCACAGGGGAGAGCGGAUGGAAAGAGCCCGCGCAUCCUUCCGCCACUGGCGGAACAGGCGGAGCGGGAGAAGGCAGCGACUUCCCCUUUCCGCCUGCUUCGCGCCCCCACGCGCCUCUUCCGCCUCCGCCGCCCCCCCUUGCCCCCCCUUUUUCGAGAGAUACUAGUCUCAGGGCAGCAGCUGGAGGAAACGGGCUAGAGAGUGGCGGAGCAGGGGGGGACCGCGGAGCUGAGGGGGAAGGCGGAGCAGCAGGGGGAAACGGGGCAGCGGGUGCGGGGGGAGCAGCAAGGCCGGAGCCGCACGCGCCUGACAAACCAGCGAAUGCCACGUUGCACUGCGCGGCGCCUGGGCCGUGCCUGGCGAAGCCCCUGGCAUUGUCUGUCUUCUGGGCUCCAAUAGCGGGGCGCACCUGCCCUGCGGACGCCCCGCCUUUUCCGCCUUCUCCCCCGUCCUCUGCGCCCACCACCGCCACCUCAUUCCGCCAGCUCAGCAGCCCUUCCCGCCACGUCACCGGGGACCCAACGGAGGAUGUUAGAGGAAGAGGAGGACGAGGGGAGAGAGGAGGGGAGGAGAGAGGUGAGGGAGGAGAAUGGAGAGGUGCAGAGCGGUGGAAGCGCGGAGGGGGUGAGAGGAGAAGGGGAGUUAAAUAG